AUGGCCAUUCUAGCUGGUAUAAGUGACCUGGGCUCGCCAAAGAAACUUACCCUGUGGGGGGACCCGCAUGAGGUCUGCCGUCCUUAUGGAGAGAAAAACAAUGCAUUCAUUGCUGCCAGCUUCGAGGACAAGAACAAGGAUGAGAUUUCCAAGAAAGUUACCAGGGCCCUUGAUGAGGUUACCUCUGAUUAUCAUUCAGGAUCCUCUUCUUCAGAUGAAGAAACAAGUAAGGAAGUAGAAAUGAAACCCCGUUCAGUGACUUCGACCACUAGCCCUGUGUCACAGAUUUCAGAACUGAUAUUCCCACCUCUUCCAAUGUGGCACCCUUUGCCCAGAAAAAAGCCAGGAAUGUCCCAAGGGAAUGGUCAUCAAAGUCACUACCCUCGUCCUGCUCCAUUUAGUUAUCCAAAUCAGGGAAGGAAGAAUAAACCAUAUUGCCCAAUUCCAGUAACAUGGGUACCUCCUCCUGGAAUGCACUGGAUUAAUCCUCACAUGUUAGCACCCGACCAGCCGCUUUGGAUUCUGUUGGUGUCAUGUUGA